CCCAGCCCCCGCCCCGCAUCCGCCGCCCCCCGCUGCAGCCGGGCGUCGCGGCCCCGGGGAUGUUCUCCCGCAAGGGCCAUGCGGAUGUCAAGAAAUCUACACAGAAAGCGCUGGACCCGAAGAAGGACGUGCUGACCCGCCUCAAGCACCUCCGCGCCGUGCUGGAUAAUGUGGAUGGGAGUGACCUGAAACAAUUUUUUGAGAUCCACUAUUCUCAAAUUUAUUUUAUCUUCUAUGAAAAUUUCAUAACACUGGAAAAUAGCUUGAAACAAAAAGGGAAUAAAUCACAAAGGGAGGAGCUGGACUCUGUUCUCUUUCUUUUUGAAAAAAUAUUGCAGCUACUACCUGAGAGGAUUUAUUAUCGAUGGCAUUUUCACAGUAUAGGAUCCAUUUUGAAAAAGCUUUUGCACACUGGAAACUCUAUAAAGAUAAGAUGUGAAGGAAUCCGGCUGUAUCUUCUUUGGCUUCAAGGACUUCAGACAAAUUGUUCAGAAGAGCAAGUGUUAAUUUUUGCAUGUCUUGUGCCUGGUUUUCCGCCUAUUAUGUCAUCAAGAGGUGCUUGUACACUGGAUGCCCUCAUUAGUCCUCCUCCCAGUUUACUUGAUGCAAAGAUUUGUCCUGAAGAAAUAACCCCACUUUUGCCAGCUGUCUCUGGUGAAAAGAUUGCUGAGGAUCAGACCUGCUAUUUUCUUCAGCUGUUGUUAAAGUAUAUGGUAAUCCAGGCUGCAAGCUUGGAGUGGAAGAAUAAGGAAAACCAAGACACUGGUUUUAAGUUUCUCUUCACCUUGUUUAGAAAGUAUUAUCUUCCACACUUGUUUCCAUCUUUUACAAAACUAACCAACCUCUACAAGCCUGUGCUUGAUAUUCCUGACUUGAGACCAAAACCAGUGUACAUUACUGCAACCCGAAACAAUGAAAACAUUUACAGCACGAAAAUUCCGUAUAUGGCUGCCCGUGUUGUUUUUAUUAAAUGGCUUGUCACCUUCUUUCUGGAGAAAAAGUACUUGGCAGCAGCUCAGGGCACUAAAAAUGGAGGUGAAGUGCUGCCUAAAAUCAUCCAGACUGUUGGUGGUGGUUCAACUCAAGAUAAGAACCCUGAGCUGGAAGCCAUCGCACAAUUGGAGCAAGAAAGAAAUCAUUCCAACAGUAGCACCUUGUCUGAUAGGAGACUCAGUAAUUCUAGCCUUUGCAGCAUUGAAGAACAACAUCGGUCAGUGUAUGAGAUGGUGCAGAGGAUUUUAUUGUCCACUCGAGGCUAUGUCAAUUUUGUCAAUGAAGUAUUUCGCCAGGCUUUUUUAUUACCUUCUUCUGAUAUAUCUGCAACACGAAAAGUAGUGAAGGUAUACAGAAAAUGGAUAUUGCAAGAGAAACCUGUGUUUAUGGAAGAACCAGAUAAAAAAGAAAACAGUCCAGAUGAUUUGACUACCUUGGAGCAUUCAGAAACACAGACAGAUAGCAAACAUUUUGCCACUGAACAUUCUGGACAUAAAAGAACUUCCAGCUGGGGAAGAACGUAUUCCUUCACUAGUGCUGUUAGUAGAGGAUGUAUAUUAGAAGAUGAAGACAAGAAUGUGAAAGCUGGGGCACAGGCUGCGUUACAGGUGUUUUUGACCAAUUCUGCAAAUGUUUUUUUAUUGGAACCAUGUGCUGAAGUCCCUGCACUCUUAAAGGAGCAAGUUGAUGCUUGCAAAGCAGUUCUGAGUAUUUUUAGGCGCAUGAUAAUGGAACUUUCAAUGGACAGAAAAACAUGGGAACAGAUGUUACAGAUUCUCCUGAGAAUUACAGAAGCAGUCAUGCAGAGGCCAAAGGAUAACCAAAUAAAGGACACGUUUGCUCAAAGCAUGGCAGGAUUGCUUUUCCGGACCCUUAUUGUGGCUUGGAUCCGAGCAAAUCUGAGUGUUUACAUUUCUCGAGAACUCUGGGAUGAAUUGCUUAGCGUGCUGUCUUCCCUCACUGAUUGGGAGGAGCUGAUAAGUGAAUGGGCCAAAAUUAUGGAUUCUCUAACAGUAGUGUUAGCAAGAACAGUGUAUGGAGUAGAAAUGACCAACUUACCACUGGAUAAACUGAGUGAACAAAAGGAAAAAAAACAAAGGGGAAAAGGUGGCAUCUCAGAUCCACAAAAGGUAACUGCAGUGGGAAGAUCAUUUUCAUUAAGCUGGAGGAGUCAUCCUGAAGUUGUGGAACCAAUGAGAUUCAGGAGUGCUACCACGUCUGGAGCACCAGGAGUUGAGAAAGCAAGAAAUAUAGUCCGUCAAAGAGCAACAGCUAAGCGAAGCCAGUCUAUCAGCAACUGUGUCCAUCUUUAUGAGGCUUUGCCAACCACUAAAAGUGUACCUCUUCUGCUUCACACUGUGAGCUCUCUCUUACCUGGUAUCUCUUACACUUCUUGCUCUCACAGGCUUUCAGAAGUUGAAGAAUCUCUGCCAUCAGAAAAUGUCACAGGGACAGAGUCAAGUGGUCCAUUUGCAGACCAGGAUCAACAAAUUACUCGAAGCAGUAGCACUUCAGAUAUUACAGACCAAUUUAAUUCUGAUUUUUUUCAAGGGAAAAAGACCGAGAGCACGCAGAAUUUAAGUUCUUCAGACUCCAAAUCUGUUCAAGAAAAUAAGGGAUAUAUGAAGAAAGAACACGAAGCCCAGCACGUUGUAGUGCGAAGGAGCAGCAGUCCAGCUGAAUUGGAUUUGAAAACAGACCUGCAGUCUCACAGAAGUCCCAGGGAAAGAGAAAAGAGUGAAAGUUUUAGUAGUGACACAUCCUUUGGCUACAAUAAUGACGUAGACAUCACACUGCUUCCCUGGCAAACAUGUGAAGAAGACCAUGAAGUUAAUACAACCACAGAUGUUUGUGCUGAUCCAGAUGUACGUCAUUGGCUGCAGCUUAGUCCUUCAGAUGCUGCAAAUUUAACAGACAGCAGUGAAUUCCUUGCUGAUGACUGCAGUAUAAUUGCUGGUGGAAACCUAAUAGGUUGGCAUCCUGAUUCUGCUGCUGUAUUAUGGAGGAGGAUCUUGGGAAUCCUUGGAGAUGUCAACAAUAUCCAGUCACCUAAAAUCCACGCCAGAGUUUUUGGGUAUCUCUAUGAAUUAUGGUACAAACUAGCAAAGAUAAGGGACAAUCUUGCUAUAAGCGUGGAUAACCAGUCUACUCCCUCUCCUCCUCUUUUAAUUCCACCACUCAGAAUAUUUGCCUCAUGGUUGUUCAAGGCAACAACCUUGCCAAAUGAAUAUAAGGAAGGCAAACUUCAAGCAUACAGGCUGAUCUGUGCUAUGAUGACCAGGCGCCAAGAUGUCCUGCCAAAUUCUGAUUUCCUAGUGCAUUUUUAUCUUGUGAUGCACCUUGGCUUAACUAGUGAAGAUCAGGAUAUUUUAAAUACUGUCAUAAAGCACUGUCCACCCUGGUUUUUCUUCUUGGCUUUACCUGGUUUUACAAUGCUGAUAGGAGACUUCAUUACAGCUGCAGCCAGAGUUCUUAGUACAGACAUGUUGGAGGCCCCUCGUUCAGAAGCUCAUACUAUUCUUGGUUCUCUUGUUUGCUUUCCAAAUAUCUACCAAGAAAUCCCACUCCUGCAACCCAUCCUGAAAGCUGGUGAUAUCAUCGCAGGAACUGCAGAUGUCAAAUGUUACCUCAUAAAUAUUUUAUUGAAGAAUGCCACUGAUGAGCCAAGUGAAGCUGCAAGGUGUAUAGCUGUUUGCUGUCUUGGAGUUUGGAUAUGUGAAGAAUUAACACAAUGCACAAACCACCCCCAAGUGAAGGAUGCAAUAAAUGUUAUAGGUGUGACACUAAAGUUUUCUAAUAAAUUGGUAGCUCAGAUAGCUUGUGAUGUUCUACAACUGCUAGUUUCAUAUUGGGAAAAGAUUCAGAAGUACGAAUCUUCUCUGCCCCGGAAAAUUACUGAAAUCCUUGUGGCCACUAUUGCAUUUUUAUUGCCUAGUGCUGAAUACUCUUCUUUGGAAGUGGAUAAAAAGUUUAUAGUUUCAUUAUUACUUUGCUUGUUGGAUUGGUGUAUGGCAUUACCACUGAAAACCUUACUAGAGCCAGCCUCUGUUGGAGUCCUUGAAGAUCAGCAUUCAUCCAAAGCUCCAUUACUGGAUUACAUAUACAGGGUUCUGCACUGUUGUGUUUAUGGCUCGAGCACAUAUACACAACAAAGCCAUUAUAUUUUGAGUCUUGCUGAUCUCUUAUCUAAUGACUAUGAUCCAUUUUUGCCAUUGGGAAAUGUCAAGACUUCUGAGCUGGCACCGUCUCUCUCCUCCACUGAUUUGGGUAAUCUACUCACUGUUGCAGAGGAAAAAAAAAGAAGAAGCUUGGAAUUAAUACCUCUAACUGCACGGAUGGUUAUGACACAUCUAGUAAACCACUUAGGUCACUAUCCCCUUAGUGGAGGUCCUGCCAUUCUGCAUAGCCUUAUAAGUGAGAAUCAUGAGAACUCGUACGUGGAAUCUUCUGAACUGUCUUCAGAAGUCUUCCGAAGUCCAAACUUGCAAUUAUUUGUAUUUAACGACAGUAGUCUUAUAUCUUACCUCCAAAUUCCUGCAGAAAGGAGAUUGGAGACUGAGCCAGCAGGAGCUCCCUCAGAUGUAAGAGUAAUAGUCAGAGAUAUCUCAGGGAAAUAUUCUUGGGAUGGCAGGAUAUUAUAUGGACCUUUGGAAGGCUGUCUACCACGGCAAAAUGGAAUUAAUUCACUUGUGAUUUCAAGCAGUCGUGAGAAGCAAUUUGAGUCUCCGACAGAUGUUGCUCAAGUAGAAGAAGGAGAAGAUGCUCUUGACACAUUGCUGGAAAAGAUUGGUAGCACUAGUCCUGAAUGCCUUUUACAUCCUCAGCGAAAACUGAAUGAGCCAUCACCUCCACCAUUUGGUAUGAACUGUGACCAAGAGAAUGAGAUCAUAGAAGCCCUAAUAAGGCAGAGUGCCCAAGAAAAAGAAUAUAUAUAUAAAUGUGAUUGUGAUCUUGAUAUGAAAAUAGCUUAUCAAGAAGAACCAAGUCCUGCUGAGCCACAAGCACCAUUUUAUUUCUGCAGGUUAUUGUUAAAUGACUUAGGAAUGAACUCCUGGGAUAGAAGAAAAAGCUUUCAUCUACUCAAGAAAAAUUCUAAAUUACUGAGAGAGCUGAAAAAUCUAGACUCCCGGCAAUGUCGUGAAACUCACAAGAUUGCAGUGUUUUACAUUGCAGAAGGGCAAGAGGACAAAUGUUCAAUACUGUCUAAUGCAAGAGGAAGCCAAGCAUAUGAAGAUUUUGUUGCUGGAUUGGGCUGGGAGGUUGAUCUUUCAACGCAUUGUGGAUUUAUGGGCGGUCUGCAGCGUAAUGGCAGCACAGGACAAACAGCACCAUAUUAUGCUACCUCUACUGUGGAAGUCAUUUUUCAUGUGUCCACAAGAAUGCCAUCUGAUUCAGAUGAUUCACUGACCAAAAAGCUUCGUCACUUGGGAAAUGAUGAGGUUCACAUCGUCUGGUCUGAACACACCAGGAACUACCGCAGGGGUAUUAUACCAACAGAUUUUGGAGAUGUUUUAAUUAUUAUUUAUCCGAUGAAGAACCACAUGUUUUUCAUAGAGAUAAUGAAGAAACCAGAGGUGCCGUUUUUUGGUCCUCUGUUUGAUGGAGCAAUAGUGACUGCAAAACUACUGCCAAGCCUUAUAUGUGCCACAUGCAUCAAUGCCAGCAGAGCUGUGAAAUCUCUCAUACCACUCUACCAGAGCUUCUAUGAGGAGAGAGCUCUGUAUCUUGAAGCAAUAAUCCAGAAUCACAAAGAAGUAAUGACAUUUGAGGAUUUUGCAGCUCAGGUCUUUUCUCCCUCUCCUAGCUACUCCCUCAGUGGAACUGAUUAGAAUAUGUAAAGCUCUCAGUACGGUAAUUGAGAAAGGCUGUCUCACCACAAGUGCAAGUGCUGACCUCACUGUAAGCAUAGGGAUAGAAUUAGCAGAGCAGACCUCUCCAACGCUACCACGUGCCACGAAAAACAAAGUCUCUGGGAAACUUCGUCGCUCCGCUAGUGCUCUCAGCAAAUCUUCAAACUAAUGCACUUUGGAAGUGGAAGUCCAGUCAAGGGAACUUAAAGCAAAAUUCUUGAAAUAUAUUAAAAUAUUUACUAUAUCACUAGAACUUGUAACUUUGGGUAAGCACACAAUGAAGUAUUUUUGCUAUAAAAUUACAAUUCUCUAAUGUUUCAAAUCUUAAAUUAUUGAUGGACAGCUUUCACUUGAAUUACCCAUCAUGCAUUUCACUUGAUUUUUGCUGUCAUAAAAAUGACUCAGACAAAUGUGGGGCGUUCAGUGUGUGUGGCAUUUUAAGUGGUAUGAGAUAACUCACGCAUUUUCCCUGAGUUUUGGUAAGUGCAAAUUUUAAUGUCACAGAGAGACAUUCCAAGUGUUAGAACCAGUUAAUAUACUUUCCAUGUCUUGAUUUUAAACAUUCCAGUUAACCCUUGUUUAUAUAUUAACAAAUGUUGUCUAAAUGGAAAGCAAGUUUAAUUUGAUUUACCAUCUGAUGGAUGCUUUUCUUUUUGUAAGUAUGGGUGACCAACCUGGGUGCUUAUCAAUGUCUUCAAGUGCCCAUUGCUGUUCUGUUUUGGACUGCUCACUCAAUGCAGUUUUUGUGCAUGUAGCUAAAAAUGCAUAAGUAUCAAAUGAGUGUUGCUAAGUAAUUUACCUGCAAUCUAGAAAGCUAUUGCCAGUUGCAUAAAACACCAUGCCCUGGAUUAAAAGCACUUUGCUUAAUCUUGCCAUGCUAUACAGGAGGGCAUAUUCUCAUGUAUCUUAUAAAGGCUUGAAAUCAAGGAUGCUCCAGGCCUUGCAGGCUUGUGUCUCAACGCAGCAUACCAGGAAAUGGAAUUAAGACCCCUUGCAUUUUCUCAGUAUUCCUGCUAUGAUCGCCACAUGCCAGUGUUGCUAUAUUUAAAGGUCUGCAGUCUGAUGGUCUCAGCAUCUAUUGUCAAAUAGCCACACAGUGUAAUGCAGGUUAGUUGUUAACAUGUCCAGUUCAGCUCCAGCCACUUAGUUUAUAUCUCUCUGGUUAUUUCAUGAUUGAAAUCCUGUUAGGACUAUGCUUGGAUUUGGAGUUAUUUUGUCAUAUGGAAUGCUGCAUGUGAUUGAUGCAUCAUAGAUUUUAAUCACUUUUUCAGUCUAGGUAAAAAAUAAAAAUGACCAAAUUAUUUCAUUUAGAAAAGCAGAUAUUGCACAUUAGUAUUAAUUUUGUGUGACCCAGGCUUGCAUAACUAGGAGCCAGUACACAUCUUAGGUAGCCACAUUGACCUGUUGCACCAGCAGGACAGUAAUCUGCUAAAUGAAGUACCCCUAAUCAGACCUAAGUAUAAUAAACUUGAAAGCUUUCAAGGGCACAUGACAUUGUUUUCUUUUACUGAUCAGCACGAUAUGCAAAUAUUUUAAACACAAAACCAACUUGUUGCGAUCUCAGUAAGUACUGGGGUUGAAAGGCUAAGGGAAACCUUUUGUACUUUAAAAAAUGUAACUUUACCACAAAAGUAAAGGAAAUAAAAGGCAAGAACUGUAACCACUUUGAACACUUAAUACAAGUGAGAAAAUUAAAAUUGAUGAUAGAAAUUCUGUCCUCGAAUUUUGUCUUCAUCUUGCAGCAGCCUGCAAGCAGAGAUCAAUCACCCAUGUAAAUGCUGCAAUACCUGAGAACAACAGGGUCUGGAGCAGUGAAGUUCCAGCAGUGAAUUUCCUAGCCUUUUACAGGACGGUUGGACACUAAGGGAGAAAGAGGCAAUUGUCAGACAGCUAAAAUCACCUUAGCCUUUGGUCUUUGAAUCUUGGAUGUUAGUGUUGGUGGUACCUUUGCUGCUGGAGUUUCAGAUCUCACACCUGUAACCUUCCUAAUCCUCCUCAGGUCUAGUUGACGUUGUUUCUAUUUGUUGAAUUUAUGUUCAUGAUGUUCUUUAGCCCAUUUAAACCUAAUGUGAUUUAUCUCAACUGAAGGGGACUUUUAUGUGAAGCUAACUGCACCAUUGGGCAGAUAUUUUUUGUUGCACUCAGUUUCUCUGUAUAGGUUAAGUGAAUGUCUAUCUACUUUCAUGUCAAGAGUGAUCUGCAUUAAUUCUCUGUGAAUAUGGAAUACUAUUUGAUAAAUAUUUACAGUACUAUUAAGUUAUAGUUUGGCAUUUUGUUAUUGGGUUUAUGUAUUAGUUUAUUUGGUUCUAGCAGUAGCCCGUUUAUCAGGAUAAGGAUAAAUUUUGUAAUUGGACCCAUUCAUUAUCCAAACUAGAAAGUAGAAAUUAUUACUCAUAAUGUUAGUAUGCUGUCCACGUGAGCUGGCAUUUACAAUUCACAGGUAAAUGCAGUAAAUGCCUGCUGGGACAGAGCACUGUUAAAUCGCUAAAAUGUCUGGUUUUCAUUUCACUUUCUGCUUUAAACUAUGGUUUUUGCUUCUUCCUGAUAGUGUGUCUAUAAAGUCAAUUAGAAAAGUUGUGUAUUGCAUUAUAAAAUGUGUUCUCAUAGCAAUGAUUGUUGGGUAGGAGAACAUGGCUAUUCUUAGUUAUCCAAUAAAAUGUCAAAUAUAAGCUGGCUGAAAUAGUUCAAAGGGCAUUUUUCUGAAUAACGUGGAAACUUUCCUUCUAAGCAUACGCACAUCUCUAAUAAAAAGAAUGAAAGUUCAGAUACAAAAUUAUUUCCUUGGUACUAAACAUAUCAAAAAAAUGAAUUGUCGAAGUCCUAGUGGAGUUUUGUAACAUAAAGCAAUAAACAUAUUUUUUCCUUAAUGCCUCAGAAACCAGUAAACCGAUUCACAGCAUAAUUUUUUAUAAAAAUAUACAGAACAUAAAGAAAAUGUCUCUCAGGUGCAAACAGCUUCUCUCUGAUCUUUUAUUUAACUGCCAGGGUGAAACAGGGAUGCUGACACUGGCACUAGACUUUAUUUCUUGUUAUCCAAAUAAUAAAUGCAGACUUAACUGCAUCGGAUGAGGAUAUAUUCUAUAGUGUUAGUUGUUCGCACCACUUUUAAGCAGCUAUAUUCUGUCUAAAAAAAGAAAUACUGGGCAAAAUUCAGAGUUGGUGUAAGUGAGCGUAAAUUUCAUGGAAAUCACUGGGCAAAUUUGAGUAGAGACUUUCAUGAUGAAGUGCAGUUUUGGGGUGUCUUUGGGUAAAACAACUUAAUUUGGGCUGAUUUGGUGUUCAUGUAAUCUAGGUGUAACAGAGAAUGCAGCUGACAUGUAGGUGUACAAUAAGCCAUGGGAGGAGAGGUUCUCCCUUCCUGAGGAAUAUAAAAUCCUUUUCUUAUCCUAUUCUGUCACCCUGCACACAGUUCCCAUUAAAGUCACCUGAUGGGAUGACCAGGCCCUUGUUGUUCAGACUAUGCUAUGCUUUAAUGAAGCAGCUUGUUUUUGAUGAGUAGGAUAUGAUUUGUACUUCUGUUAUUGAAAACUCGUUGGCUACCCAACAACAUGCUUGCCCAAUGCAGAUUCGAUUUAGCAUAGUUAAACAAAAUAAGACUUCAUCUUGAGGCAAUUGCUGUUUGUUGUAACAGUAGCCAUAACUCUGUAGGCUUUCCUAGAGUUUUUAUUGUUACAAAUAGAUUAAUUUCACUACUGAAAAGAAAUCUCCAGCACAUCUUCAGUGCUUGAAGGCAUGGGGAGUGCUUCACUUAAGCCUUCCAUGCAGUGACUAUUGGAUGAACAAUCAUGACAAUAAUAGCAGCAUCUACAAUAUUUUGUAAAGCUCUGAGGAGAAGGGACUUCUUGAUGAAAUCAGAAAGAUGGGAGGUACUUUUCAGUGUCUUUCGGCCAGACUCUGUUAUUCUUUUCUUGAAACUUCUCCUCAUUCCAGUUCUCUUUUGCUUACCUACCCCCCGAGCAGGUGUUACACUGAAGAUGCGAUUGACCAGUUUAUCAUAUCUUAAAGUGUAACCUGGCCAAGCAUUUAAGCAGCUAAUUGCACAACAAAAAGUAAAACCAGUCACAAAAUUAUUACGUAAAAAAGGUAUAAUAAUUUUGUGGCUGGUUUCAGUUGUGUCUUAGAGUGAACAUGUGGCCCGAUGGACUGCACCAGGGCUCAAAUGGCCUCCUGUGCAGUCCCUGCCAGUCCAA